AAGAAGAGCAAGAGGGAGGCGGGAGAUGGGCCAAAUGUGGUCGUUGAUACAGCGACAGUCUACAAUGGCGGGGAAAGCAUUUUCGCCAUUGUGGCGAGAGCGCAUUGGUAUGCAUGUUUGAGCAAAGCCACUCGGUCAAGACGCAAAUAAGGAAUGUAGCAGGCUUGUCGGACAGUCGUCGUCCUCUCAUUGCUCGUAUGCUUGUUCGACGGCAGAUCUGGCUGUGUAUCCUUUGUCUGGUCCAAAUCUGCUCCUCGGCGUCGAAGAAAGACUCUGCCCAAAGAGAUGUUCUCUGCUCCUCGGCACUGAAGAAAGACUCCUCCCACAUCUUGCAUAUGCUUUCUCUUCCCUUGGAGCCUUUCACGAUUGUGGGAUAUGCUGCCCAACUCUGUCGUCCACUGAUUGCACCUUCAUACGGGCCAGCCUCGGCCUCCGCAAGCUGCUUUGAUGGUUCCGGAUUGUUUUUCACCCGCAGCCUCGUUCGCAGCAUGGUAGCUGGUGCCAUCUGAUGUCCUUGCUAUGUUUUCUCUUGACCGGGGCUUGAUUUCAGCGGGGGCAGGCGAGAAAGCGAAGGGAGAGGGAGAUGCUGGCGUGGUGCUUUGCCAUCACAAUCGUAGCGCCGAAGCUCAGGAUCGAUGGUGGUCAAGCCCGAUCACUUGGAUCGACAAUCGGGGGUGUUGCAAGCAGGUGGCGACUCAGGUGUCGUUGGCAGCAUGCGAUGCCUGCUGUAGGCUGGCGUUAUCGUAGGUCGAGAGGAAGCUGCUCGGAGGCCGUCGAUGUUGACAUGUUGAUCGAAUAGGAUAAUGGCUCG